AUGGCUACAAGCGCAAAGGAAGAGGUUUGUAUCGUUGACAAGGACAAUAAUGUGAUUGGUAAGGCCGACCGUGCUGUCAUGCGUGCGUUCAAUCUUCCACAUCGUGCGUCCUAUACCGUGAUCAAGAACUCCAGUGGCAAGUACUAUGUGCAGCGCCGAACGAUGAUCAAGGAUUAUUGUGCGGGAAUGCUGGACCCAACGACCGGUGGAGUUGUGCAAUACGGUGAACCAAUGAACGUGAAUGCGGAGCGCGAAGCUGAAGAAGAGAUGGGUGUGAAGAACACGCCGUUGCGUUACUUGACAACAUUUUACUAUGGAGACGGCUAUAGCCGUGUCUGGGGUGGACUCUUUGACUGCACGUUUGACGGUCCACUGGUAUUGCAGAAAGAUGAAGUUGAUGAGGUUCUCACAAUGACAGCGGAUGAGAUUCUAUCACGACGUCAAGAGUUUACACCUGAUGGCAUUUUUGCCUUUGAGAAGUAUCUGAAGUUUAUUCAAGCGGAUGAAAAUUAG